AUGCUUUGCGAUGUUCAGAUACAGCUGAGCGUGGUCCAACCAGGGUUUCACCACAAUCUCCAAACCUACCAGAGCGACAACGAGAACUUCAAUGUCGUCGACGUUUUUUUCGACCACUCCAACGGCGUGAUCCGAGCUGAGGAUACCACGCCGAUUGCACUGUUGAAUGUCAAGGCCUACAGGGCUUUGACUUCAGAAAUUGACCCCUCGCUGCUCUCCUGCAUUGGUCUCGUCAGACAAAAGGAUCUCGAACAAGGCCUUUUUAACUCGACGUCACUCCGAGUGCCACGGUCGCAAAAACCUUCAUGCCCUAUGGAUGUCAUCAUAUGUGGACCGCAUUAUCUUCGCGAUAAAUUGAGUAGAAACCUGUCCAAGUCCAGGUUAUUCUUACAGCGCCCUCGAUUUAUCCCUGACCAUAGAAUUUAUGAUAACCCGCAUUAUCUAGGCCUCCCAGGCCCCGACCCGAUGGAGGGAGAGGCUUUGUCUUCUAUCACGAAGACUACUACGCCAGAAGGCGAAAAGGGCAAAAUCCUUUCUUCAGAGUCGCCAGAGUCUUCACAGACGAUUGAUGCUAUAGACAUUCUCAGCCAUAUUACGGUUCAAAACGACCUGCAGGAAGUGGAUAUGGAUAAGACUUUGAUAAGAACAGCCCUGAAACCGUACCAGAGAGAAGGAAUCGACUUUAUCCUCCGUCGAGAAAGGCCGUCACCAGAUGACACGAAUAGUCUCUGGAGAAGACACUGCUCAUUCGAAAGCGAGCCGCUGUCAGGCAUUAGGUAUCUCCAUCGGAUAAGUGACACAAAGAGUCCAAUACCUCGAGAUCCACCUGGGGGAAUACUUGCCGAUGACAUGGGCCAUGGGAAAACACUGACAAUGAUAUGUGCCAUCGUUCGGACCUUGCAGCAAUAUGAUACUUACAAUAAGCAAUUGCCUUCACCAAAAUUUAAGUCAGACCAUGGACGCAAUCCCAGCAAGAGUACCCUAGUUGUACUUCCCUCUGUGGACAGACAUGUCGUAGAGGGGAAAAUAUCGUACUGCAAAUAUCACGGCCGUAUGAGACGCUUAGAUGACUUGACCAAUUCGCCUCAUGACAUCGUCCUUACUACUUAUGCCACGGUUGCCAAGGAUUACAGUCCAGGAGGUGGAAUGCUCGAUCAUUUUCAGUGGCAUCGAUUGGUGCUUGACGAAGCACACACCAUACGAAACGCUUCGAGUGGGCAAUUUCAAGCCGCCAUGAAACUGUCGGCAAAUAUAAGAUGGUGCAUCACAGGCACGCCAAUUCAGAAUUCCAUCCAUGACCUAGCUUCGCUGUUCAAGUUCCUGCGUAUACCUUACUUGGAGGAUGAUCGAACCUUUCGUAAACACAUCAUCGGUCAAACGUCCGUCUCUGGGGCCAUAUCCAGACAGGGAUUGGAGAAUCUCAAGUUAGUCCUUGGUGCUGUCUGCAUCCGACGAAGUUCAUUACUCGUUGCGGAAUCUGAUGUGCUCUACAAAGAGAUACGAGUAGAUCUCACACCAAUUGAGCGCGGCGGGUAUGCUUCGAUCGGCAUGUCCAUCAAAAAGUCGCUAGAUGCCACUGUCAGUUCUCAUAAAUGUGGAGGAGCAAGUCGCAUGCUGCUCAGAGGUAUCCUGAAACUCAGGCAAUUCUGCAACAAUGGUGGACGUCAAAUAUGUUCGUCGUCCGGCCAUGGUGAUUCAAUGGACACUUUGGACGAAAAGAUCAGCCUUCUCGAACAGAGUUCGGAGACGACAUGUGCCCUUUGCUUAACAUCCGUGCUAGUCAAUGGUGAAUUCGACCCAAUGCGACUACCACAGCUUACGUGUUGUGAUGCAUUGAUAUGUGGCAGUUGUGUACCCCAACUCCGAUCACAGACUUCUUCAGCUGGGACACUGGAAGCAACACCAUGUGUCGUUUGUGGGGACGACCAUGAUGGUAUAGACUAUCUUGUCGAAGCCAGCCCAAAUUGUUCAAUCGAGCCAUUAAUUGAGCCUUGGACAACCACAACUUCUAAGCUGCAUGCAUUGGUCACUGAUGUCAUUGAACAUCACAUGGAGGAAAAGAGCAUUGUUUUUACUUACUGGAUUAGCACACUGGAUAUUAUAGAGAGCAUGUUCCAACAGCAAGCAAUCUCAUUUCGACGUGUCGACGGCACACUUAGUACAAUGAAGAGAGCAGAACGGCUAUCGCAAUUCCACCAAGACUCGAGCAUCCGCGUGCUCAUAAUGACUCUCAGUACCGGUGCUGCAGGACUGAAUGGUCUUUCAGUGGCCAGUCGACUUCACCUCGUCGAACCCCAGUGGAAUCCAUCAGUCGAGGAUCAAGCCAUAGGACGGGUCAAGCGCAUGGGUCAAGAUAGGCAAGUUACAGUCCUGAGAUACAUCACAAACGACUCGAUAGAAAUAAGUGUGCAAAACCGGCAGUUGCAGAAGAAGAAGCUCGCCAACGCUAGCGGUCUACGCGCAGCUGAUGAUAAUAACGGUCAAAGAGAUCGAGGUAUGUAUCGAAAGGAACUGGAAUCGCUGCUAUGUAUCUAA